AUGUGGGAAAAAGUCUGCUAUUCUGCCACUACUGGCAGAUUCCAGAACAUAGUUCUUCCAGGUUUUGCCAGUUCUGCCGGCGGAACUCCUUCCAAACAGUUCUGCCCACAACACUAUCAUGAUCCGUCCAACUCGGACAUCCCCUUCAACAGAUUUGGCAGUUUGUUUCAAGUGGUGAAUGUAGUAACUGAUAGAUCUAACACUUAUAUAGACGAGAGUACUAGAGUCGAGAGAGCAUUAUUACUCAUGUUGGUUGUAGUCUUGGCCAUGGCUGCUUCUACAGGCCUACUAUCCACAGAACUUCCACACAUAUCAAGCGACGUCGCUUUUGACCAAUGUCUUCUAUUUCUCUUCAUCUCAUCCUUCUUCGUACCACAUACAGUCCGCUACUUGCCAACCCGCUUCAUAAGAUCUAACGACUUUGGGCCUGAAACCACCCUACAUAACGAGCGGUGUUCUUUUCCAGCUUGAAUCGAUCAGCAGUUGCGGAGCAGGUACCAGUAUGCUUAUAUCACAUACCCAGCGAAAAUAAAUAUCCUGUAUACUCUCAUUCAGUGGCGAACUGAGUUGC